GUGGGCGGUGCAUGAGCGCCGUCACAUGGUCCGGGUGAGCAGCAUGGCCGGGGAAGAUGUGGAGAGCGAGCAGGCAGCCCCUGCGACCCAGUGCCCCGCGGAGAAAGGCGAGCCACAUGGGGCUAGGUGUUACGUUCCUCCCCAGUACAUCUGCUCCUUUCCGGACUGCGACGCCACGUUCAACAGGGCCGGGAAGCUGGAGGAGCACCUUUGCAAGCACACCGGGGAGCGACCCUUUGUUUGUGAUUAUGAAGGCUGCGACAAAAAAUUCACACGAAGCUUUCACCUUAGGCGCCAUUUUCUUGUACACAACAACGAAAAGCAAUUUAGGUGCACAAUUGAUGGCUGCAAUAAAAAAUUUACAACAAAAUCAAACUUGAAUAAACACAUGGGAUGCAAGCAUAGUAAUCGCCAGUAUGUGUGUGACUUUGAAAACUGUGGGAAGUUUUUUAAAAAACAUCAGCAGUUAAAAAUUCAUCAGUGUCAACAUACAGGAGAACGAUUCUUCAAAUGUAGCCACCAAGGAUGUGGAGAGCGCUUUUCUAUGCCUCAUCAGUUAAAACGCCAUGAAAAGACCCAUGAAGGCUAUGCAUGCAAAAAAGAUGGCUGUUCAUUUGUUGGGAAAACAUGGUCACAACUCCGGAAACAUAUGAAAACUGGACACGUUGAACCUGUAGUCUGUGACGUGUGUGCCAAAACAUUCACCCGUAAAGAUUACCUCAAAUGCCACCAAAAAAUCCAUUCCUCAGAGAGGGACGUGUUCAGAUGUCCUAGAGAGGGCUGUGGAAGGACUUACACCACUCUGUUCAAUCUUCAGAGCCAUAUUGUCUCUUUCCAUGAGGAGAAAAGGCCCUUCUCAUGUGACCACCCCGGGUGUGGAAAAGUUUUUGCGAUGAAGCAAAGUCUGGUCAGGCACGCAGUUGCACAUGACCCUGAGAAGAAGAAGCUGAACUUAACUAAACAGCGUCCCAAGCGGAGUCUGGCCUCUCGCCUCGCUGGCUACAUCCCACCGAAAGCACAGAAAAGAAAAGAACAGGCGAUAAAGGAGACUUUGACCAUACAGAGCAAUGUGAAGAACACCCUGCCGGCUGUUGAGACGUUAUGUCUAGGCUAGAGUAGUAGCUGAGCCUCAUGCACUUGAAUGGCUUUAUGAAGUCACUGUUGAUAAGUUUGCAGUCUGUACGGAAAACUGAAUUUGUUCUGAAAUGUUUCCACUUUGUAUUAAAAAGAUCACUGUUUUGAAA